AAAACUGUUGUUGUGCUGGUUGUGGCUAACACGUGUGGGUCUGACUGUCUGUUAAAUUACGGGUUAACAGCAUGGCUCCUCCACUACAGAACCAGAUCCUCAUGAGGAAGAUUAAAAACAGUCAGAAGAAGAAACUAAAGAUGCUUAAAGAUAAGGAGAAGAGUAAAGAACCAAGCAACGGCAACUCAACAAUGGAACAGUUACCAGAAGAUGAAACUGAACGACUCAUUCAUUGUCAUCCAACUCUCAGUAAACGUGCCGCUGAAGAUGAUCAACCUAUACCAAAGAAGAAAAAAAAGAAGUUGAAAGAUCUGGAGGCAACUCUUGAUGCUGGGGCUGAUAAUGAAGUUACACCUGAAGUGAAACUUAAAAAGAAGAAAAAGAAAAAGAAAGCGCAGGAGUCCGGUACAGUACAAACAGAGAUAAAUGAAUCCGUCCAAGAGGAGGGAGAAGAGGAUGUAAGCAAAACCGAAACUAACGAUGAGGGAGAAGAGACAGGUUAUGAGAGUGAAGAAGGUAGAAAUGGUAAGUAAAGCAUAUUUUGGUUUU